GAGAGAGAGAGAGAGAGAGAGCAAGCGAAUGAGAGAGUCGCGAUCAUUGGUGCGCACUGUAAUAGUGGAUUGUACUUCAACUGGAGCGGUUUGGCAGGUUUAUACACAUCAAAACAGAACAAAGAGAGAGACUCUACAGCACUAAAAAGAAACACAGAAAGAAAAGAAUAAAAGCGCGAAGGACGAAAUCGCUGUGGCUAUAUUACAAUACUAAGGAAUCUCUGCAUAUUUUUUCCACUCAGGCAGACGGAGCAUACGUUUGGACUUUUAAGAUUUUCAAAACUAAAUAUCGUUGACCACUAGAAGUUUUUGGGGAAAGUUUUUUUUUUUUGCUCUUCAACUUUUUCACUUACAAAAGCCAGACAACGCUUAAGGACUUUACAUGACAUCAAAGGGCUUGAAAAAGACUUGAUACGCUGGAUUUAUAUUUAUUUAGACAUAUCUUAAACCUAUGUAUUCGCUCAAGAAUUGUACGCGGAUUUUAUAACCUUUCUACCCUUCGCAACUGUUUUUUGGCUUUGAUUAAACAAGUACAUGAUAUACGUGAAAACAUUGCUUGGACUUUUCAGUUUGAAUAAUUCAUGAGACACAAUUUGCCCGCUUUAAAAAAGUUUUUGAGAAAGGGAGGGGGUCUUCAUCAAACAUAUUCAUAAGGGUUAACGGAAUGGCCACGGCGGCUUCCAAUCCCUACCUUCCCAGUAGUAGUAUUUUAUCGUCUGGCUCAAUUGUGCAUUCCGAUUCCGGAGGUGGUGGCAUGCAACCAGGCAGUGUCGCCGUUACAUCGGUGUCUGGUGGCUACAGAGGCGAUUCGACGGUGAAGAUGGUACAAAGUGACUUCAUGCAGGGCGCGAUGGCAGCGAGCAACGGGGGACAUAUGCUGAGCCAUGCUCAUCAGUGGGUCACCUCGCUCCCUCACGCCGCCGCGGCAGCCGCUGCUGCCGCGGUGGCAGCCGCUGAAGCUGGAUCACCGUGGUCGUCUAGUCCCGUUGGGAUGACGGGCAGCCCCCAACAACAGGACGUGAAAAACAAUUCAGGCAGAGACGAUCUACACACAGGCAAUGCGUUGCACCACAGGCCUCCGCAUCUUGGUCCGCACCAGACUCACGGUGGGGCUUGGGGCACCACAACCGCGGCACACAUCCCCAUAUCCGGGGGACAGCAGCAGCAGCAGUCGCUCAUUUACUCGCAGCCUGGUGGAUUCACAGUGAACGGAAUGCUUAGUCCACCUGGCAGCCAAAGCUUGGUACACCCUAGUUUAGUUCGAGGGGACACUCCGGACCUUGAUCAUGGCAAUCACCAUCACCAUCACCACCACCACCAACACCAGCACCACCAGCAGCAGCAUCACGGCGUCAACAGUCAUGACCCGCACUCGGACGAGGACACGCCGACUUCAGAUGAUUUGGAACACUUCGCAAAGCAGUUCAAACAACGUCGGAUCAAACUAGGCUUCACUCAAGCAGACGUUGGCUUAGCGUUGGGUACUCUUUACGGGAACGUCUUUUCUCAGACCACAAUCUGUAGGUUUGAAGCGCUUCAACUCAGCUUCAAGAACAUGUGCAAACUCAAGCCAUUGUUAAACAAAUGGCUCGAGGAGGCCGACUCGUCCACUGGAAGUCCCACAAGCAUUGAUAAGAUAGCGGCGCAGGGACGAAAACGCAAGAAGCGGACAUCCAUCGAAGUCAGCGUUAAAGGGGCUUUGGAAAGCCACUUCUUAAAAUGUCCCAAACCUUCGGCUCAAGAAAUCACAUCACUGGCGGACAACCUACAGCUGGAGAAAGAAGUGGUGCGCGUGUGGUUUUGCAAUCGGAGACAGAAAGAAAAACGGAUGACGCCGCCGGGAGUGCCACAGACGCCGGAGGAUGUGUACUCUCAAGUCGGCAAUGGACAAUUUUUAGUAGAUUACUUAAAAGAUGCAAGUUUAACUGGGCCCAGUGAACCAAGCGACCAGAGGGUGACAACUACAAGUUCGUUCCAUCAGGUAAUUUUGGCGCAUUGACAUCACCAAGGAAAGAAACAAGCAUUUUAAAAUGACCAAAAUAUAUACCCCCACGUUUUCCCCCACUGUCAUUCACGAAAACAAGGGAGGCAGUCAAUUGUAUAUUUCAGAAAUGGGACUGUAAACUCCAGCUCAAACAAGGACACAUGGAUCAACAACAGAGAGAAGACGAGUAGCAUCUAUGAAGCUUCCGAUCAAGCUUUUUGCAGGAAACGCCUUGGCUUCUCUUCCGAACAAAUGGAUGGGAUAACUCAGGCCCAGCUAUCCACCAGAGAAGAGCCACCCCAACAUAAACACAUAACACCACCAUCACAUCUCACGUCAAGACCCUUUUAAAAUCGCUCUUUUUAUUUAACGAACUGAAACUUUGGAAGGAUUAAGAGCGACAGAAAGACAUGUGAAAAGACUUCCUCCUCUACUCCUGCACUUAUUUGACAUUGUCCUCUGCGAACAGCCGUUGCCAAGUGUGACUGUAUGGGUGCUGUGGACGUAACCAUGAUAAUGCUGCCAUUUCCACGCAGUAUUCUUUGGUAGGUUUUAAUAAACGAGACUGUAAAGCCGGCAAUAUAGAUUCAUUAGAUCAGAUACUGAUCU